AUGAGCGAUGAGGAGUGUUCGUCACUGGAGGAUUUUACUUCAGAAUCAAAGAGAGCAGUCAACAGAUUGAAGUCCCCAGCAGUGACCAAUCAAUCCAGACCCAAGAGGACUAUAUCUCUUGGAAAACCUUCAGCUGCACAAUUAUUAGGAAGAGCUGGAUCAAGAAUAACUGAAAUUUCUGCUAACAAAAAAGUUGAAAAAUCAACCAAUGUGAUUAAAAGUAAAUCGAAUUCUAGCAUAGAAUCAGCCAGCAGCACUAUUGUCAGCAGCCUUCCAAAGUCGAGUGGGUCUAAACUUUCUCUACUGAGCACAACUUCUAGUGAUGCCAGCGGUGGCAAGAAAGGUAGCCCAGGAUUAGCAAAAUGGUCAGAUAAAUGGUUGAUUCCUUUCGAACAUGGAUGGCGCAGAGAAAUAGUUUAUAGAAACACGCAGACGAAGGGUACGAAGCAAUGCGACAUCUACUACUAUGCACCUGAUAAUUUCAAACUCAGAUCAGUGCCGAUGAUUGUCGAAUACAUAAAUAGAACUGGAUGUAACUUGACGAGCGACUGCUUUUCAUUCUCGAAGCAGCAGGUAUACAAGGAGCCAUUUGAAAUUGUUAGGAACGCUGGCCAAUGUUUCAGAACGUCCGCAAGUACAACUAGCACGUCUUCUAGCUCCACAAGCAUAGGAGCGAGCAAAGGCAAAAAAGAAAAUCCGGAAAAGAAAAUCGAAGAUGGUAUUAAUAAUAAUAAGAGAAAACGAAAAAACGACGACAACACAGUUGAUGUGAGUAACAAGAAAAUAAACAGGAAAAACUCUUUGGCCCCAAAGAUUAAAAGUGAAACAGAUAAUAACGACGGUGAUGGUGCUGCUGAUAACACAGCCAGUAGCCAAACAUCACCAAAUGUAGAAAAAACUUCAUCUGAGAAAGAUAAUAAUGCCACCCAACAAACAAAAUCACCAGAUGUCUCACGGUGUGGAAAUAAUUUGGGAGUGUUUAUGAGAAUUGAAAGUUGUCAAGAAAAGAGCGAAAAUGUUGACAAUGACAAUAGCACAAUGGUCUUAGAUCAAACUCUUACAAACGUGAGGCAAACGGAUGUUGCUGGCGAUAACCAACGUCACUCAGCUCCCAGAAAUAAUGGUGAAGAAACCUUUCUUUCGUCCAGGAAGAAAAGAAACGUACCAGAGACUUUCAGUCCUGUAAACGAUGAGCCUCCCUGCAAAAGAAAAAAGUUAGACGACGGAAUCGAAAAUGAUGAUAAAAUUGAUAACUCGGAGCCAGAUUGUACUGAAAGUACGAACACUAUUGUGAAUAACGAUGACGCCAACAACAGUUUCGACAACAAUGACGUCAGCAUAGGCACCACUGGUAACGAUGACAAAGAUAACAUCAACAGCGAGGAAAGCCAGUCAGAAACCAGCUUCCUAACCAGCAACACCAAUGAAUCAACGACAGAAAUUAAGAAAAACCCAAGAGGAAGACCCAGACGCAUCGUCGAUCCCAACGCCGUUCCUGUUAAUGUGAAGAAGAAUCCUGUUGGCAGGCCUAGACUGAAGUCGAAGGAUGAAAACUCUGAUGGAGUUACUACAACUCCGACUACUUCAGGUUCCGCUAGGACUUGUGAAUCAACUUCUAUCAUGGUGACGAGGAGAAGGAUUUCUAGGAUGAAGAAGGAUGACGAUGGCGUUCAUGUGAUUCCAGUUAAAAGUAUCAUUGAGGUGGAAGUAACGUCAUCACCUCUGUCCUCAUCAACACCAAUGAAAACGACGUCGAGGUUCCUCAAUACUCCUGAUAGGCCAGUUAACAAUUGCAACGAAACGGCAAAUGAUGCAUCUAAAAACACCACCUCAGUUAAGAUCGAAACAUCGACUGCCAGCCAGCCAACAUCAUCUGUAGUAACAAUAACACAGAGUAAUGAAAUGAUGUUGUUAUCACCAGCAUCAUCGUCAGCUGCAAUGACCUCACCGUCAUCAACGCUAAUGACGUCACCGUCAACAGAAACGUCGUCAUCAACAUCUACAUCUCGUAAAAUUUCAUGUGGCAAGAAGAUAGACAGCAAGAUAUUUGCGGUUAGAAAUGCUGCCAAUCUUGCGCUGAGGGCUUACAUGCUUAAUGCACAAAGAAUUGCACAAGAAAGUUUUGACGUCGGCGACGAUCUCAAUGAUGAGAGCUUCGAAGCUGAUGCCAGCGCUGACAGUUGUUUACAAACUAAGAAUGAUAAUGAAAAAAGUGCUGAUCACUCGGCUAAUGAUGAUGAGGCCAGUGUUGGUGGAGAGGAUGAUUUGAGUGGAAAGUUAGGAACAGAUGGAAGUUUAAAGAGAGAGCCUGAUGAUGAUGAUGAUGAUGAUGGUGACAGCGCCAAACAACAUUCAACAGUUCAAAAUGAUGAUAUUGUUACCGACACUCCCAGUAAAAUUUCUACCACUAGCAUCACUGAAACUACUACUACUGCUGCUGCUACUAAAAAUACUAACUCAGUAGUUGAGAGACAAGCAGAUUAUAGUUGCAGAAAAGAUGUAGAAUCAUCACUCUUGCCAACAGUUCUAUCAGAAGUCUCCAGAUUUGUAAGCGACGCAAAAACAGCUACUGCAGCCGCUUCAGCUACUACUGUUGCUGCGCCUUCCAUUGCUGCCGCUAGUGCUGCAGCUUCUAUUGCUGCUACUACUGCUCCUGCUACACAAAAAGUUGCUAGGCAGUUGCAGUUUAAAAAAGUAGACCAACCAUUUGAUAGAGUUAGAGGGCCUGUGGAUUCUCAUGCUUUGAGGAAUAUAGUAUGCGGACCGAAUUGCGCCGGUAGAUCGAUACCUCCAUCUGUCAGAUGUGACUUUUGCAUGAAUCUCUAUCACCACGAGUGUCUUGGCCUGAGUUUCAACAAUGUCAGAUGUUCCAUGAUCUGUUGGGGUUGUAUCAAUUCAUUAAUAACGCAGGGCUGCCAGUCAUACAAUCGCGAGAACGAGGGCGUCGAAUACCCCAUGGUUCGUUCUGUAGACUUUGCAGUACCACAUACGACAGCCACGGUGGCAGAUGUUGUCGAUGCUAGCAACAACAAAGACUACAACAACAACAGAGGUUUCAUUAGACAUCAUCUACAGCUGCAGCGGAACGCGAGAAAUACAAACAACAACAACAUCGGCACAUCACCUGACAUGUUUGAAGGUAUGGAAACUGGUGCUGGCAAAGACGACGGUUGUGACAAAGUGGAAACUCAAGUACUCGUUAUCAACUCCGCAAUCACGAAAACUCUCGACAUUAAGAAAGAAUUCCUACUGAAAGUUGCAAACCAAACGAUAAAGGUCAGGCCCGAGGAUGUAUAUGUUUCUAACACCGGGGUAAAUAUCCAGUUGUAUAACAGCCCUCUCCCUUCAGAGUACAUUGCCGGUCUUAAUAACCCACUAAAAUUUUCAGUUGCGACAGUGGAGAACGUUCAAGUUCUUAAUGUUUCCCUCUUAAAUGGACCUGUUUGAUGUUUUUCUUUUUGGAUCAUUCGUUUUGAUAGAUUACAAACCUGUUAGCAUUAAUUUGAAGUGUGUGUGUUUGUGUAUGAGUGUAUAUAUGUGCGUAUGUAUGUGUAUAUAGAUGAGUGAGGUACGAUUUUUUUUUACUGUCUUGAUUGUGUUAAUAAUGUAUAGUUAAUCUUAUAAUUAUAGAUAUUUUCUUACUAAAUUUAUUUAUGUUAUGAACGUCUACAUUGUUAUGACUGAAAUAAAAUGUGAAAUAAA